AUGUAUGUAUAUCUAGAUAUCUAUACGGCACAAACUACUGCCCAUCCCAGAGUUCGUGAGGAGGGGAGCGGCGGAACUAAACUUGGUGUCCCGCCGAACAUCCCACCAGCUAAAUCCCGCCAAACUCGUAUUGAUAUUGACGUCACAAGCCUGGCAGCAACUUCCACCCUCUGCCGCGGCGAGCUCGGGUGGGCCGAAACCCUCUUCCCGGACCCACCGCAUUCCCCUCCCACCACCACCAAUACCACCACUACAACAACCCUCAACCGCAUCCCCGGCCACGACAUAAGCGGCAUAGUCCUCUCCACGCCCCAGACCGACUCGCGCAGCGUCACGGGCCCCAAAUUCAAAGUCGGCGACGAGGUCAUUGGCCUGCUGGCGUUUGCGCGCGAUGGCGGCGCCGCGGACGUCGCGGUGGCGGUGGAGGGGGAGCUGGCGUUUAAGCCGCGCAAUGUGAGUGCGGGGCAGGCAGCGUGUGUGCCGCUGAGCGCGUUGACGGCGUGGCAGGCGCUGUUUGAGCAGGCGGGGGUUAGAGGGUGGGUUAGGUAUAGUGAUGAGAGUGAAGGGGCGGAGGAGGGCGAGAAAGAGAAAGAGAAAGACGGGGUGCGGAGGGUUCUGGUGCUGAAUGCCAGUGGUGGGGUGGGGGUGAUGAUUUGCCAGAUGUUGAGGGCGAAGAUGCUCUUUGGGGAGGAGGCGCGGGGCGGGCGGUUUUGGGUAUGCGGGGUGUGUUCUGGGAGGAAUGCUGGGUUUGUCAGGGAUGAGUUGGGGGUUGAUGAGGUGGUGGAUUACACGCAGGAGAAGGAAGGGCUCGCCGAGGCGUUUCGGAAACGCGCCUGGGAGCCUGUGGAUCUUGUGCUGGACUGUAUUGGGGGCCAGACACUGCGGCAGGCGUAUGAUCCCGCUGUUGUCAGGGAUGGCGGGAUUAUUAUUAGUGUUGCGCAGCCUGUUCCUGAGCAGGAGCCCGAGUGGGCGGGGGUCAGGGAUGCGAUUGCGCAGAGGGGGCUGAGGAGUCGGUUUUUCAUUGUUCGGCCGGUCGGGGAGCAGUUGGAGAAGAUUUCGUUGCUGGUGGAGAAGGGGGAGUUGAAGGCGUUUGUGGAGAAGGAGAUGGAGCUGUAUCAGGGGCGAGAGGCGAUGGAGUUGGUGGAGAGCAGGAGAUCGAGGGGUAAAGUGGUUUUGAGGGUCAAUUGUUACGAUAGGUAG